CAACAUUGCAAAUUUGAAACGUAACUUAACCUCAAACUCUUACACCCAAAUAUGUACCCUCAAGCCCUAAUAAUACCGGUGAUUUUAACCGUAAGUCUUUGCUCAGACAAUAAAGGGGCGAAACAAGAGGAAUUCGUGGCCUCCGAUGAGUGGCAAGAAAUCACAGAGGGCCAAAAGGUCCCCGCGGGGCUCCACUACCGGAUCAACUUGUCCACCGGUAAAAAGGAGGCCAAAAUCCUGGACAACCAAGAGGAGCCGAAUAGCAUAACGAACUUUAUUACCGAGCAAACGUUGAAAGAUCUAGACAAACCGAAGAACAACAAAUUCAGAACCAUCGAUGAAAUUAAACGGGACUUGGGAGACCUGCUGGUACAACCAAAAAGUGACCUGAAAGUACUAAAGGAACUUUUCGAGUCAUACGAACAAGGGAACAAUACAGAGACCGUUUUAAAGGACUUACAGUACUUGGGACACCAAAUUGAUAACGCGCAAGAGUUUUGCAACUUAAAUGGCUUCAAAAAAAUCAUUUAUAAGGAACUGAAUUCUUCCAUAAAAGGGGAGGCCCUAAAGUUGUUUUCUGUUCUGGCCCAGAACAACCCGAAAGUUAAGGUGCACAUACUAGAAACUGGCGGGGUAGCAGUGUUACUAAAAUUGCUCAGUUUGGACCCUAAUGAGGUGGUGAAAAAUAGUGCCUUGACCGCCUUAAGUUGUACUUUACGCACGUUUCCUUAUGCGCAAAACAAGUUUAUCGAGGGUGGAGGCCUAACAGUGUUAACCAACUUAUUUGGCACCGCAUCAUUGAAGUUACAAGUUAAAAUUGUCACUUUUUUAACUGAUUUAAUAACGGAGAGGCAGCAGGACAUCGAGAACUUUGAGCAGCAUCAAUUGAUUGAUGUCGAAAGUGCUUUAGUGAGGUUAGGUUGGUGCGAAAACAUGAAUUUAAUGCUGCAAGAUUUGGAUUUAGAUGACUUUGAUUCAGUUGAAAAGGUUUUGUUAGGGAUGAAGGGGUUAUCAGGGAAGUGCCAAGGGUUUUAUGACAAGGAUGUACUGGAAAGGGUGAGAAGAUGGUUUCAGCUUUUAAUAGAUGGGCGGGAGGAGGAUGAUGCGGAAUAUCUCGGGUAUUUAGUCAAACUUGUUUCCGAACUUAUUGGUAACAAGGACAGGGUGAAAAGCGAGCUGUGAUUUGUUGUGGAAAAUAAAAUAAAUUUAAUAUCGAAAAUUUA